ACUUGAUGAGGUCCUUGAUGGGCAUUGAGUAAUUUCCCUAAAAUGAUCGUACCAAAAAAAGAAAAUCUCUAAGAUGAUAAUUUUCCCCUUUUCAUUAUGUUUUCUAGGGGGGAUAAUAAUAAAAUGGCUAUUGGCAAAACAGUUUUUGAGGUCAAAUACCAAGAGAGCAAAAACGAGACACGUUCCACAUCUUGCUCGAGUAUAUUUGUAAGAUCAAAGCAAGACAAAACUAGUAGUUGUUCUCCUAACUCUGUUUUUAGUUUUUUGGCUUGCCACACCUACCGAGCCUUCAAUGGAUUUGACGCCCCAACAACUUAGCCAAUUCAACGGCAACGACCCAUCAAAGCCGAUAUACAUUGCAAUCAAUGGCCGCAUCUACGAUGUCACCGCCGGCAAAUCCUUCUAUGGUCCUGGUGGGGCCUACGCCUUGUUCGCUGGCAAAGACGCCAGCAGAGCUCUUGCGAAGAUGAGCAAGAACGAAGAAGAUGUCUGCCCCAAUCUCGAUGGUCUCUCCGAUAAGGAGAUGGGUGUCCUUAACGAUUGGAUCAAGAAAUUCGAGGCCAAGUAUCCGGUUGUUGGCCGCGUUGUCUCUUGAGUUUGCAUCCUCUCUUUCAAAUCACUUUAGCUCAUACGUUGGUGUCUUAGUUUAUGGGAAUCUAUCUGCUAAUUUCUGUGUGUAAUUUGUUUCUGUCAGUUUCAGAGAUUAGGGUAAUCUAUCUGCUACUUUCAACUUGUCUGUGGUGUUUGACUAAUCAAAAUGUUUAAAGGUUAAAUAAAUGAAUGGGUGGAAUUAAUAAAUGUCAAAAGCUGUUUGAUUUGGAGAUAUCUAUGAUUUGUGUUUCUCAAUGCUUCUAAGUUUGCUUCUUAGUCGUUAAUGGUGAUCAUUGCAUUAUUUUUGGUUAGUGAAUAUCAACUAUAAAUUUCUUUCAUUGGCCUUAAAGUUGAGGUUUUUGUAGGGCAGUUUGUUAUUUUCCUGUUUUGGGUGCUGUAAGGAUGUUGAGUUAGCAGGGUUGUGACUGUGCUGAAGUUAAAGAAGUGCAUAAAUCAAUGAAGAAAUUCAUUUUGGUAGUGGGACUUAAGACCUUUUACGCCAGUGAUUUUCCCUGGUUAAGGUCUUCUUAUUAUGAUCUUUUGUUCUCUAGGUAUCUAUAAUUUUGAUCAAAUUUGGCAUCUUUAUUUCACAAAGACAAGAAAACAAAAGCAUGUAUUCCUAUAAAGUGAUUAUAUUAGAAGUGGCAAUGCUCUGCUUAAGUGCAUGCUUUUGGCAUUUUGAAGUUUCAGUUCUUUAAUGUUUCACUUCCAUAUGACCCCCAUUUUCCUGUGAAGAAGCUUGGCCGAAUGAAAUAAAUGCAUAUCUAGUUAUCUACCCCUCCGACAGAGCUCAAGCCCAUAAAUGCAGCUUCACAUAGAGGAAAUUCAUGGCGCAUGGCAACCUUUGGCCACUUCGACCGCCUUUUACUUAAAAUUUAUGAGUAAUUCAUGAAAUAUAGAUCAAACUCUCUCUUAUUAUAUGCUUUCAGGCAAUUCACCUGGCUGCCCAUCAUCAGCUUGUGUCUAUGACAUCCAAUAUGGGGACUCGUCUUUCUACGUUGGAGUUUUUGCUAAAGAAAAGCUCACCUUGACAUCAACAGUUGUGUUCGACAACUUUCUAUUUGGUUGCGGACAAAACAAUCAAGGUCUUUUUGGGGGCGUAGCCGAUUUGCUAGGACUUGGCCUAGAUAACUUAUCUUUGCCUACGCAAACUGCCUUAAAAUACAAGAAAUUCUUCUCCUACUGCUUGGCCUCAUCCGCCUGCUCAACUGGUUUCCUCAGUUUUGGCUACGGCGGCCUCUCAAACUUCGAAAAAUUUACAACAUUGUCGAACAAUCUCACAAGGAUCAUCCUUUUACGGGAUUGACAUUACUGGAAUAAGCGUUAAUGGCAAAAAACUACCAAUCUCAGCAUCUAUUGUCACUACUGCUGGCGCGAUCAUUGACUCUGGAACUGUCAUCACGCGGAUGCCACCAACUGCCUAUGCGGCAUUGAGGUCUGCAUUUCGACAACGCAUGAACCAAUAUCAGUACUCUGUAAGUUUUUAAGCUAAUUAAUUGAGAAGAAAAUCGUCGAGUUAGCUGUCAAAUAAUAAUUCAUAUCAUAGCAAGAAUGUUUUAAGAUUGAAAUAAUCGAAAUAUAGCAUGAAACUUAUCAGUACUCCAUAAGUGGAGUGCAUAUUAGUUCAAGUAUCUGCUACUUGUACCAUAAUUCAGGAGGAAAAAAAACCCAAAUGUUUGCUGCCACUUAUCUACCGUAAGCAAUACAGUAUGGUUUUGUAAGGCAACGUUAGGCCUCCAAAUCUGAGAAUUAGUAAGACCAAAUUAAGAAAAAAAUUACAAGUUGGAUGAAAAUUUUUUGAGAUACGAAUCUUGCAAAACUUGGCAAUUGCCCUCGCAGAAUUAGCCAAAUUGGUGAAUAAGUUUAAUUUCCAAAUUUACCUGGUGUUCUUAUUAAGGACAAUUAGAUAUAUAUUACUUCACAUUUCAAGGUUUACUCUUGUUAUAAAUAGAUUAUCACCUACGCAAAUGUUAGCUGCAGGUA